AUGACGUUCCCAUCUCUGAGUGAUAGCAUUGGAUCAGGUGACCUCAAAAUCCUUUCUAGAUUGGAAAUUCAAGGAAAAGCUCCGAGCCCGCGCGUGGACUCCGCAGGCAGCCGCGCCCAGGUCCCGGGACUCCAGUUUGAGCCCGAGUGGCUGCGCCUCCCUCCGCGCCAGCGACCCCCAGCUGCCCGGCGCCGCCUCCCCAGCCCCACGGCGGUCCAACGUGGAACGAAUCCGGGUCCUGAGCGCCUGCCCCGACAGCUGACUAGCGGAGAGCCCUGCGCCACCACGUCCGGUGCCGGAUCCCCUCCCCAUUGCUCUCUGCUCUCUGAGGGUCAAGUUGGCGCCGGCGGCGGCUCCCCAGCCGGGGCAGAGCGCGCUCCUGGCCCUGGGUCCUCCGUGCCCUGGAGGCCACCGGCGGCGCUCCUGCUGGGUCCCGUGGUCCCAGGGUCCCACCCCGGGGAUCCCCUCACUAGUUGUUGCAAGGACCCGCUCUGGCCACUCCUUUCCCUCUCCAGAGCGCCGCCAGCACGGAGCGGAGCCAGAGGGGAGCAGCCUCGCAGCAGGAGUGGAAGCCCCUGGGCACUUUGGGCGGCGGCAGCCGGGAACUACGGCGCAAGAGAGAGGAAGAGCCACGGGCUCCCGGGACGGAGGAGCGGGGCGACCGACGGCUCGUUAUCUGUGGACCUCCCCUCACAAAUACCUCUUCUUUGGUCCGACCACAGCGGCAUUGGCUCUGAUCCUAAUCGAGGAUGCAAAUGCAGAGUGGCAAGAAGACAAGAUGCUGUAGAGGAAAAAAGUAUAUCAGUGGAGCUCCUCAUAUGUUCCAGAUACCUACCAAUGCGUGUGUGUGUAUGAAGUGGCACAAAAAGUUGUGAACAUUCAUAUGAGGCUAUAGAAGAUGCAUGCCAUCCAGAUGGCAGAACCCCUAGAGAAGUAAAGGUGAGAUGGGAACCUUCUGGCUGGGAUGGUUAUGAGGGCUUAUGGUGUUGACCUAAACAACAACAACAACAACAACAACAAAAUCCUGUUCACUAGGUAAAGUGUUUAGUUGGGACCUAAGAAUUGCAAUUCAGGAGCACAGAUUUGGUCAGAAACCUGAAUAAUGCCCCCAUUACAGGGUGAAAGCAAGGGGGUUCGUAAGGAAAGAAAGGCAUAAUUACAUGAAAAGAAGAAAACAUUCCUGUUGGUGCUGACACGCUGAGCUACUCUUGGAGAAGCAUGAUAGGUCAUUGAUUCUGUCUUCAGAUAGAAGGUCGCUUUCCUGCUGGCUCUACAAACCACUGUGAGACAGCUGAGGUUUAGCCCCAUCUGUAAAGGUUUGGCCCAGUCAAAGAUUCAAGAAACGAGACGGGCAAUGCAGUUCCUGUGGAUUGGCCGCUCUGCCUCCAUUUUAGAAGGGCUCCACUUACGCCAGCCUUCACGGUGGCGAGGGUGAUGUUUAACUCAGACCAUGGAUGGUAGAGAGAAUAUUAAAAGGGGAAUUUUGGAAUGAUCAUAAGUGCAUAAGUAGACAAAAGAACUCUUAGGAGCAAAUGUGGAGAGAUUAAACUUCCCUCAUCUAUGACAUGAGAGUUGAAUGAUUAUGGGUAUAUUGCCUGCCUGAUGAGAAAUUGAAAAUCUGUUGGAAAAAAUAUCUAUGUCCUGUCUUAAAGAUAUAAUUGCCCUUAUUUGCACACUUAAAUCUUAUCUUGGAUGUUGUUGCUUCUUUUUAUCCUGAUUUAUUUUCCACAGUUUUAUUUAAAGGACUCUUUUAUUUAGUAAAUUGUCAGAGACAUCCUCAGCCAGAUUGCCACAUUGCUUUAUGUCUCCGGGUUUAUGGGCAGAUUUUGUAACCUACCUUUAUGUCCAUCUUAAUAAUUGUGCUAUCCCUGUAGAAAAUGUGAACAAUGCAUUUUGUCUCUGGAGGGGACACUGGCCAAACAGCAACCCUGCAGUGGCCAAAGGUGACAGCCCAGAAGAAGCGUGGCCAGUGGGAGGAGGAAGCAGGCUCCUUAGAAUGGCCUGUCUGUCCAGAGCACAGCUCUGCUCAGAUCACAUGGAGGCAAUAGUCAGGAGCUUGGCAAGAAACAGAGGUGAAACCUCACUGUGCAGGGUUCACAGUGAAAGAACAGAGCUUGCUCUAAAAUGUAGGCAGGGAUAAAAGGGCUUGAAUGCUCUUGUAGGGAACCCUACUUUUACAUGUACAUAAAAGGCAUCAUGUCUGUGUCUGCCAAGAUCUGCUGAGUGCCUUUUUAGUACCUGAGAUCAGUAACGUGCCUUUUCAGUUUUCAAAAUGCUUCUCAUUUGAAGAACUUCAUCACAUUAUUUCAGUGUUAUUCUCACCACAGUCUUGAGAGGUAAGAAGACACGUACCAUUAUUAUCUGCAUGUUGAGGGAGAUGAAUCCGAGGAACUGCGGGUCCGGCAGUGUGAUGUGCAGGUCAGUUAUUAGAAGGAGGGGGCCUGAAGCCUGGGACCCAACAUUGCACUGACACCUGGAGUAGCUCAGGCAUUGUUUUGGCCAUGGUCUGGGGACAGACUUCAUGUUUUGGCUGGAGCCUGCACUCCUGCCCAGCAGGGACCACCAUUAUAUCAGAAACUUUUGUUGACAGUUGUUAUUUUGGGACAUGAGACUAUGGUCUAGUAUAGGGGUGGGCAACCCUUGGUCCAUGGGGCAAAUUUGGUUUGCUACCUGUUUUGCUAAAUAAAAUUGUACUGGAACACAUGA